CCACUAAACGUCAGUCAGACAACAAUGGCGGCCUUCGCUGUUGCACGGAGCCGUUGCGUUCUGCUUUCCGGACUAAAAGCUUCUUUUAAAACAUUCGGACAGGUAAAACAUGGCGUGGCUUCGGCAGCCGUUGCACAGUCCGAGCUGCAGCAACAGUCGCGGCGGUGGUAUUCCGUUAGUCAUCUAUCGGUUCAGGAGAGGAUAGACAGAAAGAGGAAUGCUGCGCUGAUCGGAGGAGGUCAGAAGAGAAUUGACGCGCAACACAAAAGGGGGAAGCUGACAGCCAGAGAGAGAGUUGAGCUCCUGUUGGAUAAAGACUCGUUUGUAGAGUGUGACAUGUUUGUGGAACAUCGCUGCUCUGACUUCGGCAUGGAAGAGGACCACAACAAGUUCGCAGGGGACAGUGUGGUGACUGGACAGGGGAGGAUCAACGGAAGGCUGGUGUAUGUCUUCAGUCAGGACUUCACAGUAUUUGGAGGCAGUCUGUCUGGGGCUCACGCACAGAAGAUCUGUAAGAUCAUGGACCAGGCCAUGAUGGUGGGUGCUCCAGUCAUUGGUCUAAACGACUCUGGCGGAGCCAGGAUACAGGAGGGGGUGGAGUCACUGGCUGGAUACGCUGACAUCUUCCUGAGGAAUGUGAUGGCUUCAGGUGUGGUUCCUCAGAUCUCUCUGAUCAUGGGUCCCUGUGCUGGAGGAGCUGUCUACUCUCCUGCCCUGACCGACUUCACCUUUAUGGUCAAGGACACCUCAUACCUGUUCAUCACAGGUCCUGACGUAGUGAAGUCUGUCACCAAUGAAGACGUCACUCAGGAGGAACUGGGAGGAGCUAAAACACACACCGCCGUGUCAGGCGUCGCUCACCGUGCGUUUGAGAACGACAUCGAUGCUCUGCUCAACCUCCGAAACUUCUUCAACUUCCUUCCUCUUAGCAACCAGGACCCCGCCCCCGUUACUGAGUGCCACGACCCUAGUGAUAGACUGGUUCCUGGUCUGGACACCAUUGUUCCCUUUGAGACCACUAAAGCCUACGACAUGCUGGACAUCAUCCAGGGGAUUGCGGACGAGAGGGAGUUCUUUGAGAUCAUGCCUAACUACGCUAAAAACAUCGUAGUGGGAUUCGCUCGCAUGAACGGACGAACUGUUGGAAUUGUAGGGAAUCAACCUAAAGUAGCGUCUGGUUGUCUGGACAUUAACUCAUCAGUGAAGGGAGCUCGCUUCGUUCGUUUCUGUGAUGCUUUCAACAUCCCCAUCCUCACCUUCGUGGACGUGCCUGGUUUCCUGCCAGGUACGUCUCAGGAGUAUGGCGGUAUCAUCCGACACGGGGCCAAGCUACUGUUUGCCUUUGCUGAGGCCACCGUCCCCAAGAUCACCAUCAUCACGAGGAAGGCCUACGGAGGAGCGUAUGACGUCAUGAGUUCCAAGCACCUGAGAGGAGAUGUGAACUACGCCUGGCCGUCUGCAGAGGUGGCCGUGAUGGGAGCCAAGGGUGCUGUACAGAUCAUCUUCAGAGGGAAAUCCAACCAGGCAGAGCAGGAGGCUGAAUACGUAGAGAAGUUUGCCAACCCUUUCCCUGCUGCUGUCAGAGGGUUCGUGGAUGACAUCAUCGUGCCGUCGACCACCCGGAAGAGGAUCUGUAGGGAUCUGGAGGUUCUGGCCUCCAAGAAACAGACCAACCCCUGGAAGAAACACGCCAACAUCCCACUCUAACAGACACCUUCAACCACCCGACCUGUCGGUCUCUAAUUUCACCUGUAGCUUAGAGCAGGGCUCUCCAACCCUGUUCCUGGAGAGAUACCUACCUGUAGGUUUUCACUCCAACCCUGUUCCUGGAGAGAUACCUUCCUGUAGGUUUUCACUCCAACCCUGUUCCUGGAGAGAUACCUACCUGUAGGUUUUCACUCCAACCCUGUUCCUGGAGAGAUACCUACCUGUAGGUUUUCACUCCAACCCUGUUCCUGGAGAGAUACCUACCUGUAGGUUUUCACUCCAACCCUGUUCCUGGAGAGAUACCUACCUGUAGGUUUUCACUCCAACCCUGUUCCUGGAGAGAUACCUACCUGUAGGUUUUCACUCCAACCCUGUUCCUGGAGAGAUACCUUCCUGUAGGUUUUCACUCCAACCCUGUUCCUGGAGAGCUACCUUCCUGUAGGUUUUCACUCCAACCCUGUU